AUGAAAACCUCAAACUCCCUACUCCUCCUCCUCCUCUCUAUUUUCAUCCUCCUCCCCAAACCUUCCCUUCAAGCAUCUCCGCCGCCAUCUCCGUCGCCAUCGCCGCCAUCCCCAUUUCUCCCCAACCAGAGACUCCUCAAGGCCUACACAGCUCUCCAAGGUUGGAAACACGCCAUCACCGACGACCCGACCAACUUCACUGCCGACUGGUACGGUCCCAACGUCUGCAACUACUCCGGCGUCUUCUGUGCCCCUGCUCCCGACGACCCCGACAUCCUCACCGUUGCCGGGGUUGACCUCAACCACGCCAACAUCUCGGGAACCCUGCCCGACGAUCUCGGCCUCCUGACCGACCUUGCCCUGUUCCACAUCAAUUCCAAUCGCUUCUGCGGCACCGUCCCCAACUCCUUCCGUUUCCUCACUCUCCUCUUUGAGCUCGAUCUCAGCAACAAUGACUUCUCCGGCGAGUUCCCCUCUGUAAUUCUCUCUCUCCCUUCCCUCCAAUUCCUCGACAUUCGAUUCAACAAAUUCCACGGCGAUCUCCCUUCUUCCCUGUUUGAAAAGAAACUCGAUGCUCUGUUCAUCAAUAACAACGAUUUCAAAUUCUCCCUCCCGGAAAACAUCGGCAAUUCCCCUGUUUCUGUGCUGGUUUUUGCUAAUAACAACAUUAAUGGCUGCCUCCCCUCGAGUUUGUCAAAUAUGAACAAUACACUCGAAGAAAUUAUAAUCACAAAUAGUGGGUUGAUUGGGUGUUUGCCGCCGGAAAUUGGGUCGCUGAGAAAUCUCACCGUUUUCGAUGUCAGUGACAACAAUCUCGUUGGACCUUUGCCGGAGACAUUGGCUGGAAUGAAGAAAUUGGAGCAGCUAAAUAUCGCACAUAACCAAUUAUCCGGCGAGAUACCGGCGAGUGUCUGCUUGUUGCCGACAUUGCAGAACUUCACUUACUCGUAUAAUUUCUUCUGCAGUGAGCCGUCGAUGUGCCUGAAGCUUCAGGCGAGUGAUGACCGAAAAAAUUGUUUGCCGGAAAGACCACUACAACGUUCGCCGGAGGAAUGUAAAGCUCUGUACUCUUACCCUGUUGAUUGCGGCGUCUUUGGCUGCACUCGACGGCUGCCACCUCCACCGCCGCCGCCGCUUUAAUACUAGUAUUAGUAAUGAUUGGUAUUACUGAUUUGCU